CAUGUUUCCGCCUCUUUCUGCAAUAAGAAAGAAUGCGAUUAAUUUAGGGGCAAUACCGGAUUUUUUAGGGAGAAAUCGGGGUUCUGCGAGAUUAUUUAGGUUUAGCCGGUUUUUCAUCUGGCAACACUGAAAUUACCUAACAAUAUUUGACAACACACCUCCGGCAUAGAGUAAUAACUAACUACUUUAUUACUCUAUGCAAGAAUCGGGAAACUGAACAUAAACUCACCCGGACUUAACUGAAAAUGCAUACGGAUUUGUCCGCCCAUCUGCACACGCCCGCCUGCAACCAGUUGAUUGAGGAACUCCAGGCUUGCCACAAAAACAACGCAUUCGCCAAAUUCGUGGGCAUUUGCAACUCCAUCGACGACAAGGUGGUAAAGUGUCUCAAGGGCGAACGAAUUGCCCGCUCGGCCGCUAAUCGCGCAAAAGCCCGCGAACGUCAGGCGAAAUACAAGGAAAAGUUGAUCCAGGGCGAGAGUAAUUAG